AUGGCCCGCCUUUCUGCUGCCCGCUAUGGCAAGGACAAUGUCCGCGUCUACAAGGUCCACAAGGAUGAGAAGACUGGCCAGCAGUCGGUCACCGAGAUGACCGUCUGCUGCCUUCUCGAGGGCGAGAUCGACACCUCGUACACCCAGGCCGAUAACAGCGUUAUUGUCGCUACCGACUCCAUCAAGAACACCAUCUACAUCAAGGCCAAGGAGCACCCUGUCAACCCUCCCGAGCUGUACGCCAGUAUCCUAGGCCAGCACUUUCUCGACAAGUAUGCCCACAUCAGCGCCGCCCACAUUGACGUGACCGUCCACCGCUGGACGCGCAUGGUCAUUGACGGCCAGCCCCACCCCCACAGCUUCCUGCGCGACGGCCAGGAGACCCGCAACGUCGAGGCCACUGUCACUCGGGACGGCAUCACCAUCAAGAGCGGCAUCGUCGGCCUUCAGGUGCUCAAGAGCACUGGAUCCGCCUUUCACGGCUUCGUCCGUGACGAGUUCACCACCCUCAAGGAGACGUGGGACCGCAUUCUCUCCACCGACGUGGACGCCGGAUGGACUUGGAAGAAGUUUGCCAACCUGGCGGCCGUUCAGGACGGUGUUGAGCGCUUCGACGCUGCGUGGGAGGCUGCCCGCAACAUCACACUCAAGACGUUUGCGGAAGACGAGUCGGCGUCGGUACAGAACACCAUGUACAAGAUGUGCGAGCAGAUCUUGGAUGCGGUGCCCGAGACGGAGAAAACCAACUAUUCGCUACCCAACAAGCACUACUUUGAAGUUGAUCUCAGUUGGCACAAGGGCCUCCAGAACACCGGCAAGGACGCCGAGGUGUACGCUCCCCAGUCUGGUCCCAACGGUCUCAUCAAAUGCGAGGUCUCUCGCUCGUAA